UCUAUUCGUAUAGUUUUGAAAUGCCUUCUUUCUUUUUAAUAUUUUAAUUCCCUGACAAAAGUCAAUUACGAGAUCGUCAGCCGGAACAAAAUUCGCAAACUCAUGGAGCGAAAUUAAUAUUUCAACCCACGUCAUCGCCAUCAUUCCCCCCGGGAUUUUAUGGGAGCCCCGAUAAGCGAUUGUUAUCGGCAGUCGCAUGACGCGCAUUUAAUUUUUAAUGCAAUUGGAAAUGUCGAGUCGAAUAACUCUCAUUUCCGUUUCUCUUCUUCUUUUGUCUCCUCGUGUCUCUUUUUAUCCCUUUUUUUAUUUUUAUUUUUUUCCUUCAACUUCUCUGCCGUAACUCUUUACGGCCACACUUUUUUUCAUCGACGAAAACGCGACGCCGAUACGUUAAGGGAACUUUGUAAUUUCCAGCGCGAAUCGUAGAACGGCCAUUUCGACGGGCAGACCUUUCCCAAUUGCACUCGGUGAUACAAUUAAAGUUGAGCCGCAGUAAACGAGAUCUAUCGAUCCCUCCGAUAUAAUUGUUUCCAUGUUGCGAUCAAGCAGCAAUUUUUUUCCGUUUACGUCACGAGAAGUAAGAGAUGUCCGUGCGUCUUUUCGAAAUAUUAUAAGUACGCGUCACGUAAAAUCAAAUUCCUCUUAUUGUUAUUUAAUCUCACAAUUCAAUUAAUAUUUGAAUCUAACAACAACCGGAGAUUCUCCCCCGUAAUUCUGUCUUUCCUUCCGACGCGCGUUUUCUCUACAUCGCCGCGACGAUUUUCAUCAAACACGAGAAUCAAGGCUCGGCCUUUUUGCGCAACGUUUUUAAUCACCGGUUCGUUUAGGGAAGGUUGGAUCGUAUCUUCUCACGCGAGCCUGGUACCUUUCGAAUCACUCGCCUGAUGCGCUUCCGCCGCGCGUAGAGGAUGAAAUGGAUAUUGGGUGCAAGAGCGGAGAGAGAAAGGUGGAGGAGCUUUUCCAGCUUUCUGGCUGUCUGUUUCCGUUUUUCUCUUCCGGAGAUCCGUAUGCCCUGAACAAAGAGAAAGAGAGAGAGAGAGAGAAAGUGAUAUAUCUCCACGGGGAAGCAUCCGAGCGUAUUUUGGAAGCUACUUGCGCGAACGGACGGCCGAGGGACAAGGGGCAGGAGAGAGAGUUCAUGUUUAUCAAUUUCAGAGCUAUCCCAAGACGCCGGGUGGAAUCGAUAAAACCGCGACCCCUGAUAAAACGACCCCGGGAAUAAAACCGAUAUAUAUAUAUAUAUACACACAUAGAUGUCAUUGUAACGCGAUAAAACUGAUACACAUAGACGUUGUUGUAACUCGAUAUAAAAUUGCCGGAGAUGGAUGUCCGUGCUCCGAGGACAGUUUUUAAAAUAGAUAACGGCGAAAUAUCGGGGAACCGCCCUCUCGCCGCGGAUAUUAAAUUCGUGUUGUGUUUCUCGUGUUGGCAGGAUUUGAACAGUCGGCACUUGGACCCCGUGGAGGUGUUCCGCGGGAUACCCUACGCCGCGCCUCCGAUCGGAGAUUUGAGAUUCCGACCGCCGAUCUCGCCGAUACCUUGGAGCGGCGUCAAGCUGGCGGACACCUUCGGCGCGGUGUGCCCGCAGAAUUAUCCGGAUCUCGUCAAUAGCACCGCCGCGCUCUUGCAAAUGCCGCAGGGCAGGUAUCAGCAGCUCAAGAAGAUGGUCGCCUUCCUGGCCAACCAGAGCGAGGACUGCCUCUUCCUCAACGUGUACAUACCCGGAAGUGGAUCCCGAGGACUGGAGGCGCCGUACGCGGUGAUAGUGUACGUACACGGCGAGAGCUUCGAAUGGGGAUCGGGCAACUUGUACGACGGAUCGGUCCUGGCAAGCGCCGGCCACGUCAUAGUGAUCACGCUCAACUAUCGUCUGGGUAUCUUAGGAUUCUUGAGGACUCGUCCGUUCGCCGACCGAACGAGCGGAUCCGGCGGGAAUUUGGCUUUAAAGGACAUCGCGAUGGGACUCCGCUGGGUGCGUGAAAACAUCGCCGCCUUCGGCGGCGAUCCAGCGCGGGUAACUCUAAUGGGCCAUGAUACCGGAGCGGCGCUGGUGAAUUUACUAUUGCUCGCCCCUUACAGCAAAGGUAGGAGAGAGGAAUCCCUAGCGUAAUUAGCAAUUAAUCCUUCGGCCCCGCGCACGAAUUGUUCACUGAGAGAAAAAGGUGUUUAGUAUUUAUGACUGUAAUACCGCAUGGUAAAAUAAUUAUAGUUAAGAAUUCCAUUUAUAUAAUUAUCACUACUAGAAUGUUAAUAAUAAUCUUGAAAGUUUGUUAAUUGACUAUAAAGACGUUUCAUUAUAUAUUAUGAUAUCUAAAUUGUUCAUUUUCUUGUCUUCAAACGUUUUUUUUUAUAUAAUAUAAUUUAUUUUUAAUUCCAGCUUUCUUAUUUUAGAAACUUUGUUGUUUAAUACAUAAAAAUGUUUUAUUACUCAGUUUAUUAAUUUUUUGUUAUAAUUAACUUUACUGUGAAAAGUGUUUGAAUUGUUAUUACUGCCUAUGGUGUAAGUUUUUAGGAACCAAUUUCUCGAUGUUUAUUUUUUAUUAUAUUGUAAAAACAUU